GCCGCGGCGAGGCCAAUGCGGUGUUCGACAUCCUGGCCGUGCUGCAGUCUGAGGAUCCGGAGGAAAUCCAGGAAGCAAUCCGCACGUGCAGCCGACUUUUCGGGGCUUUGUUGGAGCGGGGAGAGCUGUUUGUGGGCCAGUUGCUCCCCGAGGAUACAGCCUUGGCAGGUCGGUGGGAGGACAGCGAAGCCAUGUUGGAAGCCGGGUCCCAUGGAGCCACACGCAAGUAUAAGAUCUGGAUGAGACACCGCUAUCACAGCUGCUGUAACCGCCUAGGUGAGCUCCUGGCCCACCCCACUUUCAAGAUCAAGGAGCAGGCCCUCAAGACGCUCAUAAAGUUUGUGCAGUUGGAAGGGGUGCACCCUCUGGAGAAGCCCAAGUGGGAAGGCCAGUACCUUUUCCCCCGCACACUCUUCAGGGCGGUAGUGGGAAGCCUGCUCUCACCAGAACAUGAUCACAGCCUGCUGCUCUCCCAGUUCCGGGAAUACUUGGAGUUUGAUGACAUCCGCUACCAUGCCAUGCAGGCAGCCUCCGAUGCCGUGGCCCAGGUCACCGGCCAGCAUCCCGAGGUGUCCCUUGUCUUCUGGAAUAACGCCUUCAACCUGCUGUCUGCUGUGAGCCUGCCCCGCCAGGAGUGCGACGUCGCCAACUUCUAUGUGAAGCACACAGAGCCAUCGGACACAUGGAAAGUCAUUCAUCUGAAGGAGCACAGGAAGGUGUUCCAGGCGAUGUGGCUUGGCUUCCUCAAGCACAAGCUGCCCCAAAGUCUCUACAAGAAGGUCCUGGUGACCAUGCACGACACCAUCCUGCCUCACCUGGCCCAGCCCACCCUCAUGAUCGACUUUCUCACUAAUGCCUGUGAUGUGGGGGGCACCAUCAGCCUCUUGGCCUUGAAUGGACUUUUCAUCCUGAUUCACAAGCACAACCUGGAAUACCCCGACUUCUACCAGAAGCUCUAUGGUCUCCUGGACCCCUCUAUCUUCCAUGUCAAGUAUCGGGCCCGUUUCUUCCACCUGGCUGACCUUUUCCUUUCUUCCUCCCACCUCCCUGCCUACCUGGUGGCCGCUUUCGCCAAGCGCCUGUCCCGCCUGGCACUAACGGCACCCCCCGAGGCCCUGCUCAUGGUCCUGCCCUUCAUCUGCAACCUGCUGCGCAGACACCCAGCCUGCCGUAUCCUGGUACACCGCCCACAGGGCCCCGAGCUGGAUGCUGACCCCUACGAUCCUGAGGAGGAGGAUCCUGCGAAGAGCCGGGCCCUGGAGAGCUGCCUGUGGGAGCUGCAGACCCUCCAGCAGCACUACCACCCUGAGGUGUCUCGAGCCGCUAGCAUCAUCAGCCAAGCACUGUCAGUCCCCGAAGUCAGCAUCGCACCGCUCCUGGAGCUCACCGCGUACGAGAUCUUCGAGAAGGACCUGAAGAGACCGCUGCCCAAGUCAGUGCCUCUGGAGUUUGUCCCCACACAGGGCCUGCUGGGCUCCCAGGAGGAUGUCUGUGCCCAAUUCUUCAUGCUCAGCUAACGUGGUCCCACCUUUCAAUAAAUGGUUUUGUAG